AAAUCGAUCUGGACGCUCUGCGUGCGCGCUGACUGCUCAUCGUGACCGCGCGCUGCGCAGCGCAUCGCUUUAGCAUUGCUGCGACAACGUGCAGCGCACGAGAUCUCUGCACCACGCGCCGGGGUAACAGCUGACCAAGCUAGCCGGCGCGCCAGACAGCCGCGCGCGCCAUAGACUGAUAUACGUUGGAUCACCGCCGCGCACGGAUGGCCGCGGCCCGAUUAGACGCGGCGCUCUGGGAGCUCCACCGCCCGCUCCAGGAGGCGCCGGACGGCGCCGAGCCGGCCUUCGCCGUCGCGCCUUCUAGAUUAGUGAAGGAGGUCGAGGAGUGUCUGAACGUCGAAAACGUCGAAGUCACAUUAGCGCGGGCACGACUGUUCAAAAAUGAGCACCCGCCGGACCUGUGCCGCUGGCUGGCCGUGUCGAAGAGCUUCAAGAUCCUCGAAACGCCGCGGACGACUGUCCUCAAAGAGAUGGCCAAGUACAUCAAGAAAAGAGGCGCCGGGCCCCACACCCUGACGGCGUUCGAGUCCCUACGCUUGGUAUUGGAGGGCCGGGGCCACGCGACGGCGCGGCAGGCCGCGGCGAGUGCUCUCAGAGAGCUCUUCAAGAGGGAUGCUGAGAGAGUUGUAAGUGGCGAGCAGUGGCGCUCUUUGUCCCACAAGUGCGUCGAUUCUUUAUCAGGAGAAAAGGCCAAGGGUAUUAAAGGCGAGGCCAUGAAGCUCGCGGCGACGCUCAUCGCAUCAGAGCGGCCGGCGCCUCCAUUAGCGAUCGACGACCGGUCCUCAUCCCCCUGGGACGAGCAGGGCGCGUCCCUCCUACGGAUAUGCAAGUUGGACCUCCAGAAGGACACCGGUAAAGAUUCCGGCUCUACAUUGGCCGCAUUGGAGCACUUGUGUGGCAACGACGCGUGGGCUUCACAAGCGGCAGAGAUAGGCGCCCCUGCCAUCCUGACGCUCCUAGAAAGGUACGCCGUGCCGUUCCAAAAAGUGUUCACGCGGUACGAGGCGCCCGCCAAGGCGCUGCGGUUUCUCCGUAGAAGGGCGUCCCUACUGGCACCGUCGCUGCCUUCAGAACCGAUGACUUCAUAUGAACCCCUCCACUUCGCGGCCACGGUCCAUCCCGACAUGAAGGAAGGUCCGCCGAAGCUCGUCGCGAAACACGCGUCGAUGGCUCUCUUCGAAACGUUACAUGCCUUGGCUCUACAACAACGAGGUGACUGGAGCCCCGUGUUUGCGUUGCUCGACGCGGGCUGUCGGGACGUGAACCCGAAAGUGCGGGCGGCUUCGUUACGUAGCAUCGCGGCGGCGGCGCCCGCCUCGUCCGUAGAUUACGCAAGGCUCAUGGAGGCGGCCAACGCUUGUGCCGAUGCCUGUGAUGCGCAGGACAACGAGCGGCGAGACAAGGACCUAGCUCUGCAAGGUGAAAUGGACAAGGUCCGACGGAGGCUCGCGCACUGGGACGCUUUACAAGUUCGUAGUGCGGCGCUCCAUGCGUCUUCCUCACUCGUUACUUCUCAUCAGACAGAGCGACCGAGAGCAGCUUUACAAGCUCUCGCCCAACGAGCUCGAAGGUGCGUGGGCGCGCACGCGGACCAAUGUGCGUUGUAUGGGGAGAACGCGCGAGCGAGGCAGUACCUCGUCGACGGUUUAGCAUCCCUAGUCAAAGCUUGUUCAGCAUUGAAAGGCGGCCGCGCGUCACUCAGAGUCGUCUGCAGGGACGCGGUACAGGUCGCGUCCAUACAGCAUAAACGGCCGGAUGAAGACUCAACGCUACCGCCCGUUUUUAGAAGGUGCGCGCAGCUCUGGCGCGACGUCAUCGCCUCGUCCCAGUCCGACGUGUUGUAUGAUGCUCUACUAAGCGCCUCAUUGGAGAUCCUCCGGCGAUUAGAUUUGAGAUACGAAGAGCGAAUGUUGGAGGACGAGAUGCGGUGCUGACUCAGCGUGAAAAAUGAACUUGAACCUGACGCGGUAUCACAUGAGAGUCUACGCGUCUCGCGACGGCGUCCGUGCCACACAGGCCAAAAAACGAGUUCGACCAGGAGCUCCUCAUUAAUUUAGCUUCCUUUCUGGAGACCUUCGUCGCAGAUACAGGAGAUUCGUUUGCGCCCUGGGCUUCACAGCUAUUGCGAGUCGUGGUCGAUCGCGCGUCGAAACAUGAAAGGUGUUCUUCACUGUAUCGGUUGGGUGCGUUGGCUAUCCGAGCGGGCACGCAAUGCUCCUUGACGCCGGGCGACGAGGACGCAUUCCUAAGAUCAGCGAGGAAAUUCGCGCGGGACACGGCUCAUAGGGUUGGCGACUUUCGCGACGAGUUGCUCGAGUGUGCCUGUCGAGUCGUACUGUCAGCGCCUCUAGAGGUGCGGACGGGCCAGCUAGCUGUGUUGGCGCCGGCGCUUGGUGCCGCGUUGCGGCUAGGUAGUGCGCACCGACCCACAGCUUCCAGAGCGUUUGAUGCCGUGGUGACGUGGCGCGACGAUGCUAGCGAUGAGUUCUUCACCGAGGACGUGUUGGAGAAGGUGCUGCCGGAAAUCGGGAGGUACGCCGUCGCGGCUCGGUCCAGAGACGUUAGUGUAGUGAUCGACAAGGCCCAAAGUGCGCAAGCGCGCGCUCGCGCUCGACGAAUGGCGCUCGCUGCACAAAGAGCGGACCCGCACGUCUCUGAUAGUGCCGCUCGUUACUUAUCUAGAAGGGCCGUCCGCUUUUUAUCUUCUUGUGGCGGGGAAGCAGUGAGAGCGUUCUCCCAAAGAACUGAAUCUUCUAGAAUGCUCGGCGCUCCUUUAACUAUAUCUCUGGGGACGCUAUCGCUGCGAUUGGAUGGUGCCUUACUGAAUCGUUUAGGGGUCAUAGCGUGCGGCUCGGGACCGCGCCAGACGCGCUUACUAGCAUCGGAAGCGUUGCACGCCCUCGUCCUAGUAGCUAUUGGGAGGACGACGUCCCAUCCCAACCAGCACGGCAAAGGUGCGAACCUCGAAGACUCGAUCUAUGUCCGCGUUUGGCCCUACGUCUGUAGUCUAGCAUCACACUCAGAUUCGAUCAUACGAGCUCUAUUCCGGGAGUUGUUAUUACAAUGUUGUAGAUUAUUCUCAAAUAGGGACUGCCGGGAACAGAACGAGAAGACGAGGGCGGCGCGCUACCUCGUAGACGCGUUGUUCGAAGCGCUAGCUGGCCACCAGGCAUCGAAACGAGCACAAGCCGCCGAGGCCCUCGCGGAGUUCGUCAAUUGGACGUGUAAACAGAUGCGACCGGCCGAAGUGCGGGAAGAAAUGAGUGGUGUUGCGACGGGCAAGGGGUUUGAUGCUUUGGCCCAUGUGCUGCGAAGGGUCGCGUUCGACCUCACGCAGAGAGAUGCUACCAGAAGAUUAGGCGCCGCGUUGGCGCUCGGGAAGUUGGCGAGACAUGUGCGGGCUCAUUCCCUUAUUUUAUCGAGGUUCGGCCUGCAUUUACUCAGAGCUUCACUACAAGCGGUCGAGACGUCUUCUUCGGGUGGACCCGGCGCGGCAGCCACGCGCGCGGCGUCCGCGGCGGCGGAUCGCCUCGCGGAAGGUAUUAGACAUCAUGUUGCGAGAAAGCGGGACGACGCGAAGUUAAUGGAUGCUACCGUUGGCAAUAGGGCGCCUCCGGCCUCGAUAGGCGUUCUAUGCGACGAGCUCAUGGCGAGCGCGGCCCACCCCGACGACGCUUGUAGAAGGAGGACGUGGUACACGCUCGCUAAGUUGGCGCCGCUCGUAAGUGGCGACCUCGGUUCCUUUUACCGGCAGAAGCUGCCCGACGCUCCGAGUGCGAAAAAAGUGCUCUGGCCUCAAACCCCAGUCGACUGCGACGACUCGGAAUCAUUAGCGAAGGCCGUCGCUUGCGUGCACGCCGUCGGGUCCUUCCUUAAGGCUGAAGUGAUCGAUGGGGCGUGGGCGGCGGACGCCCUUGCUAUUUCUAUACAAUUAGUACAACAUGUCGGUUCAAGGCAGCGAGGGAGUGCCAUGAUCGACGACGACGACGAGGUGUGUGAAGAACGACGGCGCAUCUUGAGGAGGGACGCUCUGAGACACUCCUGCGACCUCGCCUCACAACUCGACGAAGAUAUAGUAGCACAGUCGGGCCUCUACGACCUGUUACGCAUCUUCGUGGAUGCUAUUGUAUCACCGGAUCGGCGAGGCGCCUUGCCGUCGUCGCAGGACGACGUCGAGGUACGUACACAGUUACCGCUAUCAGUCGCGAAACUGCUGAAAAGGUGUCCGAUACAUUUAACAAGGAAGGCCAUCGCCACGUCACUCCAAGCCUUGGCGCCGCACUGGUCCGUAGACUCCGAAGGCUCGGAGCCGACGCAUUCGUCGUCCCGAGAAGACACCGAGGAGGCGCGACUGUCGACACCGUCGCGAGCGGCGCAACGGAGGCGGGACGGCGCGUUGAGGUUGUACGACGCUCUCCACAAAACAGAUGCUCUCGACCAAGCGGCACCGUCAGAAGAUAUUGCACGACUCCUCGCGAGGAACUUCUUCGAGGGUCUCGACGACGACGACGACGAGGACGACGGCGCUCUGAGAUUGGCCGUAGCCAUGGGUCUGCCGUUGUUGGGUGAACCGGAAGCGCCGGGCUUGCUCCCUCUGGUCAUCAAAGAUUUGAAGACCGGUGAGGCGUGCGACCGGCAUCCCGAGGCGGUGUAUGAGGCGCUCGUGUGCAAUGGUACGGGUACAUUAUCCGAAGAUUGGUCUGAUACUGCUGAAAAGCUAUGUCGCGCGGGACAGGCGCCCUUCGUCGUCGCCUGUGGCGACUGGGCGCGAACUAGAGGGAUUAGUCGAGCGGCCCUCGCGGCGCCUCUACUCACCGUAAAUGCGGAUGCGUGGCCGACGUCGCAGAAACUAGGCCUGGCUACAAGAUUGUUGGGUGCUGGCUUUCGAGGGAGACAGAAGCGACUGGAGGCGCGGAACCAAGCGCGGACCUGUGUCGUAGACGCUCUAGCAAGUAACGACGACGCCGCGGCCGACAAGGCCAUUCGAUUAGUGCCGCACUUCGUCGGAGGGCUGACGAGGAACGCCCCCGGUAGACGUAAACGGACGAACGACGGCGACGAGACCGACGCCUUUGAGGAAGACGAUGAAAUUUGUAUAGAGGACGACGCGGAGGUCCUCAAAGCUUUAGACGCGCGCCUGGCGAGGACCCUACCCGCUCGCUUUGAAGACUGGGCCUCGAACGAAUUUGAUGAACCUAGUAAAAGCCGCGCCCGGAACGACGCCUCGGCGUUGGGCGCGGCCUACGGGUCCUGCGGCGCGCCGCGACUGCUAGCUCUACUCUCGAGGAGAAUCCCGGCUCUCAAGGACACGCUCGGUAGAUCAAUCAGGAGAGGGUUGCGGGCGGCGGCCGUCGGUUCUGCACAGUCUUCAUAUGAUCACGACCAAGAGUCAUCAGUAGCUUUUCUAGACGAUUUAGCGGCGCACUGCGGGCUGCUCGGGAAGAAGGCUCCACAAAACUCAUUGAAUCGUAAAUCGAAGCAGUGGCCCGACGUCUGCCGCUUCAUCUGUGAGUACGGCUUAGUGCCGUCACUAAAACGCUUCGACGGCCGUACGCUAAGCGUCUUCCUUAAAAGUAUCAGAGAUAGUAACGAUGGUAUUUCAUCAAGACCCGUCGUGUCCUUGGCCUUGACGGCGCUCGAGAAGUCGUUAGAGACGAAUGCUUCUCAAGUAGAGGUCGCGACUGGUGAAACUGCAGCAUGCAUCUUGGAACAGGCCUUCGACGCGCUUCCUGGGUUGUCACGAGGUGGUCUCGAGGACUGCGUCAUGGACGACGCUUCUUCUUCAGUACUAAGCGCUUAUGGGCAAGACGCGAAGGCCCUGCGGAAGCGCGUUUUGCGCCUUUGGGUCUCGAAACUAAAAAGUACUACUGACGUCUCGCCCAGAGUCGUGAAGAGUGCUUAUAGGCUAGCGGUAGUGUUAGCCGAGGCGUCGCAGGACAACCCGCUCCAUCUAAACAAGAUCGUGCUGGCUCCGGAGCGGCAAGAGACGUUACUAUUAGCUCUCCAGCCAGACGCUAUCACCUUGACCGUGGGCUGCGGCUUCGAGAGCAUGACGACGGCACGAGGUCAUCAACGUAAAUUAAGCAUGCGACGCGACCGCAUCGGUUGUAUGAGAGCGAACGUGGUCGAAAAAAAUUGUGAAGACGAAGACGCGGGAUUAUCUCAAUUCGCGAGGACCAUGCUGCGGCACUCUUCAUUAGGCUUGGAGGCGUCGCAAAUCGAUGAUCACGAGGAGGAGGACGCCUUCUCUACUAGAGAGGAAGAAGAAGAUUUGGAGGACGUCGAGGCCGUGCCUCCGGUAGAAGCUUCCUUGUGGGACGUCGACGCGGGGGAUCCGGCCUUGCUCGAGGAGGACACGGACGAUUCAGAUGACGAUGAUCACGAGGAGGCCAUCGAGAUCGUGGCGCAUCCCCUCAAUCGCACGGCUCUGAUGGCUCCGUUAGUUGCUGGUCUUGCUAAAUUGGCCCGACUGGAGGCCAAAGCAUUGGUGGACGCUAGGAACGCCGCCAAGGCCACAGGUGCAAGUCCAGCGUCGGUACGGCGCAAGGAACACUCUACACCUAAGUCCGCGGAAGUAUUAGCGUCUCAUUUGGAUCGGUCGGAAGGCGACACUUGUAUCUAUUUGCUCGCCUUGGUGUUGAACGUCUUCGUCGAGAGCAAAGGUGGCUUAAGACGAGCUUUAAGGACGCACGCCAUGUGUUUACGAAAGUCUGUCGCGCAAGCGACCGCUCGAGCGUUAUGUGCCGAACCAACUCAAGGUAUUGAUCAUUUGCUACGAAGCGCGUGCCGCUUCCUCGUAUGUACGUCACCGGACAAGCGGAACGCGCCACCCAUUACAGAAGAGGAAGCGCCAGCCAUCGCAAGGAUCGCGGAGACGCUUUGUGCAAAUGUGUCCUACUCCAAAGAAAACGACCCCCACUUUACUGAUAGAGGCCCGACGAACCCUGGUAGUAAUAAGGACACAACAAAGCGGAACCUAGCCUUGUGCAACGCUCUACUCACAGCCUACUCCACAACAUUGUUCGAUGGGGAACUUUUCGACUGGAGCCGACCGAUCAACAAGCUCCUGACGCCGCCCAAAGAUCUAGGUGGAUCUAAAACUCUGUUGGCCAAGAACCUGGUGCCUCGAUUAGCUGGAUUGUCCCUCGUCAACGCCAUACUAACCUUAAGACCGAAUCUACUCCCAGAGGCGCCCAAGACUUUAGAACUCGUGGUAGAGUGCGCCAAAGUAAGGCACGCCACGUUAUACAAGGCCGCCGGCGAGGUCCUCGCCGCAGCUCUGAAAGCGACGUCGCUCGAUGCGCUGCUACGCAAGUGCAAGGACACCGUAGAAGACGUCACAGAUACAAGUAAAGCGGGCUCGCACCACCGCCACGGGCGCUUCGCGUCGCUCGUGUCGAGGUGUACGUUGGCCGUGCCUACGUUCCUGUCGCGGCGCCACGCUUUACGAAGUUGUAGGAGUUUAAAUGAAAUAGUGCACGAGGGCAAGUCGGCAAAACAAGCGUUCGAGCUGCUGCGGGCGCUGGACGUGGGCGGUGUGUCUUCCGAAUGCUUUUCUUCCGACGACGAGUUGCUGCAGCAGCUCGAAGGCAUCUUGCCGAAGGCCUUGGCCAAUAGUGAACGCGUGACGCCGGAGCUGCCUCUUGAUGAUGAUUCUCAGGAAGAUACGAAGACCGCCAAACCAUUAGUGCAGCUCGGAGCUUUGCAAUUGCUCGUGAGUAGAAGUGAAGCUUUGUCUAGGAACGAGCAGUUAGUGGCUUCAGUGGUCCACGGCGGGCCCGCGUCGCUCGAAGCUCUACUUGCGGCAUCACCAGACGUGCAGGUAAGAUCGUUGGGCUACGAUCUCCUAGCAGCAUUGCACGACGUCUACUUUCCUACUUCACACUCGAAAAAUGAGAAUCCCACGGCAUUACGAGUGCGAGCAGCGUUAAUCAGAGGUCUAGGAGAUCAAGACGGCGAGGGCAUGCUCGACGCGCCCAAGGACGAAGCUGUUGUGGAGGAGGAAGAGCCGCCUCCACCGGUCCAAGAGACGCCGGACGAGGACGUGGUCAUGCUCGAGCGAGAUCCGAACCCGCCGCCACCACCGGAAGUUAUCGACGUGGACGCGGAGAAAGAACAAGUGGUGGAACAGAGGAAGGGCGUUCGUAGAAGGGUCUACGACUACUGGCGUAGUCGUUUAGGUGAGACGGCGCAGUCGAGGCUGGAUGGUGCUCUCGGGGAGAUGUUCAUCGCGCCCGAUGCGAGGCCCCAUAGAUUCGCCGCAUUUUUGUUAUUAGCUUCAUCAUCAUCUUCCCCGAGUUGGAACCAGCCGCUCUGUGACGAUCUGGGCGGCGACAAGGGCUGCGACCUGCAGCUGGACCUCGAAGGGAAAGGGUCCUCGCUCGUAAACGCCUUUUCCGUCGUGGAGAACGCCAAGUCCCAACGGUGUAGCUCGUUAUCGACCCAAAUGUUCGGUUCUGGUCCCGUGAAGGCCACACAGAAAGAUUCUUUAUACGAUGCGACUCAGGUCGACGAAGAUGAUCCAAGGGCCCAGGGAAGGCAAGUGCGCCUGCAGACGCAGUUGUUGUUCGCUGCUGACCAUGUCGUCCCUCCGAAGACGACGGGCGACGUGCUAGAAGACGAGGCCCAGCUGUCGCGUAGGCUUGCAGCACGUACGGUGCGGUUUGCGGAAGAUACUGUAUCAAAAAAGAAGAAACCAGCGCGGCAGAAGGUCGUCAUGUACCGGUCGUAUGCCCAGGGCGAGUUGCCCAACGUGGGGCUGUCGUUGGCGGAGGUGGUCCGGCCAUUGAUGGCCUUGUCGUUACGGGAUGGAUCAAUAGCGGCGUCGCUGUUCGGGCAGCUCGUUGGGACACUUUACAACGCUAGACCGCUGGCUACGCGUCGACGAGUCGUCGUGGGUCUGGAGAACGCUUUGCGGUCGUGCGAGGAGAGUCCCACUCAUGAAUUAGGGAGCGCUCUCCAUCAAGCCCAUGCUGCCUGCAUCGAUGCAUCAGAGAAAAGUGAAGACCCUGCGGUCUUAGUGCCCUCUACAUCAAUAGCUUCAACGGCGUUAGCGUCGAACGCGUUGGAACCGGGCGUUCUGACGAUCGAAAAGGCCCGCUUGUGUGCACUCACAGGUUCCUCGACGAAAGGGCCCUGGGCGCGCAAAGCGAGAGCCCUGCCGCUAGAUACGCCUACAAAAAGCGCUUUAGCGUCACUCUACGCGAAGGUCGACGAGGACAUCAACGCGUCACUGGACGAUAAUGAGGGCGCGUCACUGUUGCGGGCGGGGCGUUUAAGAGAAGCGUUUGCCGCUUUUGAGGAUGACAAGGAGCGGCAGCUCGACGCGGCGAAAGCUUUAGGCGAGUGGGACGACGUGGCUCGAAUGGCGAGUGAUCCGGGUUCGUUGGCUCUCGCCGGUGCGUUAAUUGACGACGACGACGUCGAGGAAAAACUAAGGGUGCAGCUCAAAAAGCCUGAGACGCGGGCCGAAUUGCUGAGGAAGGCGCCCGCUUCAGUAGCUAUACGUUUACUACGAGAUGGUGAUCGUGCGGGCGCGGCGGAGGCCGUCGACGCUGGUUUUGAACAAGUAGCGGAGGCGCUGGCGUCCCUGUCGCAAGGUACUGCAUUGGCGAAGUGCGUCGCCGAUUUAAGCAUAUUGGGUGACGUCGACGCCGUCGCGCGGCCCCCAUCCAGCGGUGCUGGAGAAAGGUGGCGCACGUCACCCAAGCCGCCCGCGGACGCGCCCUGUAGUUCCUGGGUCGCGUCGUUAUGUACGCGAAAAGUACUAGCCCAAAGCGACCAAGCGUUAGAGGCCGUUUUAGAUUUGACAAGGCUGGAUAUCGCGUCCUUAGCACUGAAUGCAUCAAUAACAGACGUGGCGACGCAGUGUCUCCGCAAAAAUGCCUUCUUCAGUACCGCCCCGCAAGGCGCCGACCAGCUCAAGGCCGACUACACGUUAGCUCUAGCUAGGGAUUACUGUGCGAGCAACGAGCCCGAGAAAUGCGACAAGGUCUUCGCCGUGGCUUAUAAAGUGGAACGGAAUCUAGUGAGGCGAGGCGCGUUGGCGCUGGAGUGGGCCGACGCCCGUUAUGCGGGGAAGUGUUCCGAGGGCGAUGCGACACCCGUAGAAUUAGCGAACAAUGCGGCCCACGACCUGAGAACUGCGGCGAUUCAAGUGUCGAGCGCGGAGGCGUUUUUCGCCUUUGCGGAUUUGUGCGACGAGAUGCUGCGCCGAGACCGCCUUUCCAAGGAUGAGGAGGAUGAGGACCAGCCGACGAAACGACGGCGCCAGGCCAAGGAGGUCGUGUGCGACCUGGCUAAACUAGCAGGUGGCGGCAGCGCGUCGACGGCGACGCAACGGUGCGCCGCGUCUGCUGUCGAGACUUAUAUCAGAGCGACGGCGCUAGAUGCGUCCUACGCUUCAAGAGCCAUUCCGAGAGUGCUCGCUUUGUUGGGAAGUCCUCACGCCGAAGCUUGCGCCGCGGCGUUCCGGGCGGCCGCGGAGGACGCGCCUUCCGCCUCCUUCAAAGACCACGGCGACCAGCUCGUCGCGUUAUUAUCAGCUUAUGGUGAUUCGAACGAUGCGAGAGCCAAAGCGAUCUGCGAAGCCGUAAGGCCCGUCGUCGAGCGCUUGGCGCGCUCUUCUCCAUCGUCAGUAAGGGACGCGCUGCGCUUCGCUUCCGAGAAAUUGACGGACGCGACGCUCAUAAGAGCGGCCCGCGACGCUUGUAGAGAUGAUAUUGCGGAGGCGUUCGUGCUGGCGUGCGAGGGGCUGCACGAGCCCGAGAAACGCCUCGCGGAAGGUUUAGAUGUGGCGCGCAAGGCCGCUCGGAAUGGUGAUUUGGUAAGAGCGCGGGCGGCCUGGUCUAGACUCAAGAAGACGACGCUGGGUGACGAGUGGCCUCUCGUGGGUACGGGCAUCGGUUCCAGGAACGAAGCGUUUGUUCGGGAAGCAUUUGUGAGAUCUUUGAGGAAGAAGGCCGACGCUUUGUUCUCGACGGACGACCACACGAAGCUAGCGAAAGGCUUGGACGGUCUAAGACAAGAUCUAGCAAAACAACCAAAGAAGUCCGUGAGGCCGACGUGUCCCCUCGACAGGUACUCGGGCUGGCUGCGCGACUUCGACGGCGCCCGGUCGUUGUUAGAGGUGCCCGGUGGUGUCGUAGCGGGCUUCGAGCCGUCUUUGGACAUUUUACCAUCGAAACAGGUUCCUAAAAAAUUGUCGGUGCACGCGACCGACGCCCGCAGAUUAAAUUUCCUCGUCAAAGGUGGGGAAGAUCUGCGGAACGACGCCCGCGUCGAGGCUUUGUUCGAGGCCAUCUCUACCACUCUGAAAGGGUCUUGCCGCGGUGUUGGUGCGGCACUGCGGACGUACGCCGUCGCGCCGUUAUCUCCUAGGGUUGGUUUGGUGGAAUGGGUGCCCGCGUCGCCGCCCGUCAAGUCUAUAUUACUCAGAGAAUUUGGAAUGGGCGACAGCACGAAGGGCGAGGCUUUGUGGAUCCGGGCGCAGCGUUCAAGGGAUGAUAUGUUAUUAGGAGCCCCGGACAAGGCGUCGAAGGCGUUCACGAAGAAGAGACUAAGGGCCAAGCCGCAAGAAGCAUCUCAAGCUCUCUUCGCCGCGCGCAAGGUGCUCGACGCGACGUCUGGUGGUUUGAAACGCCAUCUGGAAAAGCUGUCUGUCUCAUCGGAGGCGUUCCUCGCGAAGCGGCGGACCUACGCGUAUUCCCUGGCGGCGACGUGUGCUGCCGGUUAUGUUGUUGGUCUGGGCGACCGCCAUUUGGACAACUUCCUAUUAAGUGGCGACGGCGCGCUCGUGCACAUCGAUCUGGGCUACUCGUUUGGGACGGGGGCGCUGCUGCCCGUGCCGGAGUUGAUUCCGUUCCGGUUGACGCGGGAGUUGGAAGCGCCCCUCGAGCCCGUGGGCGCGCGGCGCGUCCUCACGUCUCAUCUCGAGUCUACAUUCAGGACGCUGCGGCAGCCGCGGGCGCGGGCGCCUCUCCUCGGCUUGUUGGAGGCGUUCGUGCGGGAGCCCGUGCUCGACUGGUUACGGGGCGCGAAGCACGACGCGUCUUUAGAUAGGGACGCGGACGACGUCGAGGCGGGCGCCGCGGCGGCGCCCGAGCGGCGCGUCGCGACGGCGCGCGGGAAACUCUUCGGGGCGAACCCCUGCCACUUAUUGAGCCGCGAGGUCGCGGGGAACCCGAUGCUCGAGGCGGACAUGGCCCAGCGCGCGCGGACCGUCGUCGCCGGCUUGGAGAACAGCGCCCGCCACGCCUUGCGCCACCAGGCGACGUUGAGUGUCGAGGACCAGGUCAGGGUCCUCGUCGACCUCGCGACGGACCCGGCGUCGCUGGGGCGGCACUGGUGCGGGCUGACGCUGUGGGUGUGAUGACUCUCUUGUCGUGUGUAAGGUUGUAUCCUAAGGGA